CAGGUAUGAAUGGGUACGUCACUGUCAGUACUUCAGUAGUACCACUAGUACCUGAAGCACCUACCAGUACUUAUAGUACUGGUUGUGAUUGCUUGGUGGCUCGCUUUUAGGGAAAAUAAUCAAAGUUACAUCCUAUUCUAUCAUUCCUACCAGUCGUACCGUACGCGUACGCCGUACGUCUCAUCUUUGCACUUUGCAACAAGCCCCAAGCCCCCAAGAAUGUGCUUCUUGUAGAUUGUUACCAUACAAUAAUUGGUUGGCUUUAAAAGGUUUAUUUUAUAAUGUAAAGUGUUGUGUGAAAAAUAAAAUCUUGAAACAAAAUGGGCGACAAUAACACACCGAAAAAAAUCGAGGACAGCCAAGUUUCUGCUGUCAUUCCGAUUCCACAAGAAACAGGUAGUCCUUCCGGUCAAAACUGGGUGAAAUUCGAUGAAGAGGCUUCGAGAGAAAACAAAAAUUCUCCCGCCGCCGUUAUAACAACAGAAAACGUUCAGGUAAAUCUGGAUCGAAGCCUAAGUAGAUCAACUGAUGGUAACAAUGUAGCUGUCUUGGAUCCGAAGCCUCUAAGAAACGUUGAGCUUCCUAUAGCCACGGUCGAACCUAUUAGACAAGGAUUUUCAAAUGGAGACAUCAUAGUAACUCUUUUGCCUGUAAACACUAGUUUUCCAUGGAUUACUCCUGCACAAUUCCGUCCAGAAUUAGUACCUGAAGAAUUGAUGGCUCAGGGUCUUACUUUGACUGUUGAAGAGUAUGUACAAGCAAUGGAACUCUUAGUAAAUGAUGUAAGAUUCACUAUGUACAAUGUUUGCUACAAAAGAGUGCUGGUCAUAUGGAUUUCUGUGGCCUUUUUUGUGCUCUUGGGUUUGCUGUUUUCUGGCCUGACAGGUCUCACUCUGUUUGGGCUGGGAAUAGGAUGGCUGAUAUUGAAUGCUGCUGCUAUUUUUCUCUCCAUGUACUUAAAGUUCAGAUUGCAAAGAAAUUUGGAAAAAUGUAUGGCCCAUGUGAAUAAGCAAUUGCUGAGACACAAGAUAGUACUAGCCUUGGACGAUCGGGGCAAGAUAAGCUGCCACAAGGUGAACCUGUGCUUCAUCUACAUGGACAGCGCCCCCUGUAUAGCCCAUCUGCAAACGGCCAUCGACCAGCAGGACAGGGACCAUUCGGGCGGGUGGGAGCAGCGGAUGGACAUCACCGCCCAGGAUAUCGUCAUACAGGGCAGUCGGACGACGAGGCUCUCCAGAAAACAGGAGCGAGCCACCCUUCUGUACCUGCGCUACCUCUCCCGCUGGGGCAGAGAUCGGGCUCGCGGCCACCUGCAAAGCCCCCCAGCCUCGGGCGGCCGCCAUUGCUCCUCUCUCACCUGCCCCUGCCAGUUCGUCGAGGAGCAGUUGCACUGCAAACCAGCAGGGUCAGUUUUGGAUGGCCAGGGAGCCCUUUGGUGGGACAGCAAAGGAGGGGCAGUCCCUGGUAAACCGUACAUGUUCGAAAUUGACGUGACUGGCGGUCUGUUCGAAGACAUUUUCCUCUUGAACUGUCCCCACCACUGCGUCAUCAUCUCCAGCACUGACCUCACAUUGGACAGAUGGACCAUUGACGUGUCUGAAGGAAACAAAAACAAUCUCGGCCACAACACAGACGGCUUCGAUAUAAUCUACGGCCAAAACGUCACCAUCAAAAACUCGACGGUAUCGAAUCAGGACGAUUGCGUGGCCAUCAAUCGCGGCCAAGACAUGCUGAUCUCGGGCAUGGACUGCACCGGCAGCCACGGUCUCAGCAUCAGCGUCGGGUUCAGCAAACACUCGUUUUUGCACAACAGGGUGGCCAAUGUCGUGAUCGAGAAUAGCGUGCUGAGAGACGGAGACAACGGGAUACACGUCAAAACGCACACUGACGGCUAUUUGGGGGAGAUCAGGAAUAUCACGUACAGGAAUAUACGGAUGAGUGGAAUAAGAAGGUUCGGGGCUCAAAUCCAGCAAAACUACCCAUCCGGGAGUGGCCCACCAGUCGGCAACAUCCCCAUCACCAAUCUGACUUUCUCGAACAUCACUGGAACCAUGACUGGCAAAAAUUCGAUGCCUGUCGAGAUAACUUGCGCAGAAAACGCCUGUAUAGACUGGAGUUGGUCUGACGUCUCCAUAACCCAUGCUGCGAAACGUAGCAAUUGUUCUUACGUACCCAAGGGAUUCGAUUGUUGAUCAAAAUUAACAGCAAAAAUAAAAAAUAAAACGCGAUAUAUACAGAUUUUUUAUUACAAUACAAUGAACGCGACUCCUACUAACAAAUAAGUAUAUACAAUUGGUUGAGAGCUGCCUGUGCU